ACAACUUCAAGACCCUUCACCCCCACGGAAAAAAAAUAUCAAAGGAAAUCAUUAAUAGAAAUACAAGAAAGAGAGAGAUUAUAUUAGAACUUGAGAAACACUAAAAAUGGCUGAAGAACAACAAAACUCAGGUCAGAGCAAUGGUGGAAACGUUAUUCCAACACCUGAAGAAGUUGCUACGUUCCUGCACAAAACUGUUGAAGAAGGUGGAUGGGAAAAAUGUUGGGAAGAAGAGAUAACACCAUGGGACCAAGGAAGAGCCACACCUCUCAUUGUUCAUCUUGUCGACUCUUCGUCACUCCCACUUGGCCGUGCUCUUGUCCCCGGAUGUGGUGGAGGACACGACGUCGUUGCGAUGGCAAGCCCGGAACGUUUCGUUGUUGGAUUGGACAUUUCCGAAAGCGCACUCACGAAAGCUAAUGAGACUUACGGCUCCUCACCAAAGGCAAAGUACUUUUCGUUCGUGAAGGAAGAUGUUUUCACUUGGCGUCCUAACGAAUUAUUCGACUUUAUCUUCGAUUAUGUGUUUUUCUGUGCUAUUGAACCGGAGACGAGACCUGCAUGGGCUAAAUCCAUGUAUGAACUCUUAAAACCUGACGGCGAACUCAUAACUCUCAUGUAUCCGAUUACCGACCACGUUGGUGGACCUCCCUACAAAGUAGAUGUCUCUACCUACGAAGAUGUGUUGGUUCCCGCAGGAUUUAAGGCAGUGUCUGUCGAGGAGAAUCCACACGCCAUUCCCACUCGUAAGGGGAAAGAGAAGCUUGGAAGGUGGAAGAAGAUCAAUUGAUCCCUAAGAAAGAGAUCAUCUUACUGUUUAGUAAGAUGAGUAUUAUAUGUGUAAUCUACCAAUCUAUGAAGAGUAAAAUGAUUAUCUCUUCCUUUAUUUACUCUAUGCAUGUGUGUUUGAAAGUGAUGAUUAUUAUCUGUAACAAUAAUUUUUAUGAUUCAAGAAUCUGUUUUACUAUACUUGACUCUCAAAUAAUACAAAAACAUAAUAAACUAGACAAAUUCUC